ACAGCGCGCCGGUUCAGACGCGCUGCUCUCAUCUCAUUCACCUGACAUCGCGAUGUGUAAAUUAAAUUAAAAAAAAUAUCUUAAUUUUAAAGUUUAUUUUUUUGUAAGUAUCUGUUUCUGUGAUUAAAAAUGACUAAAUUAUCACCGGCUUUCGUGAGACAACUAUACCUGACAUUCGGGGCGUCCCUGGCGUUCCUGAUCAUCGGUCUGGUGCGGGGCUACUCCGCGUCAGCUCUGCCCUCUAUACAGGCGCACGACCCUCACCUCAUACAGCACAGCGAGCAGAAGUCAUGGAUCGGUGCGAUCCCUCCCCUGGGCGCUUUCCUCGGCAGCAUGUGCUCUGGUCCACUGAUGCAGCGAGCUGGGCGGCGGCGGGCGCUGCAGCUGGCGGCGCCGCUGUGGGGAGCGGCGUGGCUGGUGCUGGGCUUCGCGCCCAACUUCCCCGUGGUGCUGAUAGGACGUUUCAUGACUGGGCUUUGUGUGGGCUUCGUGCUGGCGCCCGUUCAGGUCUAUGUGAGCGAGUGCUGCGACCCCGAGAUCCGCGGGCGGCUGGGGUCGCUGCCGACGUUGUCCAUGUCUCUCGGCAUCCUCAUCUCGUACGUCGCCGGCAGCUGGCUCUACUGGAGAUACCUCGCCUUCCUCUCCGCGUCCUUCUGCGGAGCGCUAUUCGUGAUCCUGUUCCCGCUGCCGGAGUCGCCGGUGUGGCUGGCCAGCCGCGGCCUGGAUAGCGAGGCCGAGGUCACGUGGUUACAUCUCUCCGAGCACGCCGUGCGCGUCGAGAGAGAUGAUGACGAAAAAAGUGAGAAGACAGAGGAGCCCAAGAGUCUGUUCACACGCGAGGUGUUCUUCUCGUCGGCGGUGAUGCGGCCGCUGGUGGUGGGCUUCGCGCUGCUGUUCUUCCAGCAGUUCAGCGGCAUCGACGCCGUUAUCUUCUUCACCGUCGAGAUCUUCCAGAGUGCUGGCAGCACCCUCGACGCCAUGACCGCCACCGUAGUGGUGGGUGUAGUCCAACUCCUGAGCAACGGCGUCAGCACCAUGCUGGUGGACCGGUCCGGUCGCCGGCCGCUGCUACUGCUGUCGGGCGCCACCAUGUGCCUGUCCAUGCUGUCGAUGGGCGCGGCCUUCUACUUCGAAUUCGAGCACGAGUCGCUAUUGGGAUACCUGCCCAUCGCGAGUCUGGUGGUGUUCAUGCUGGGCUUCUCCCUCGGCUUCGGCGGGCUGCCGUUCCUGCUGCUGGGCGAGCUGUUCCCCACACACUACCGCUCGCAGCUGUCGGCCAUGGCCAGCGCUGUCAACCUGCUGUCUAUGUUCACCGUCAUCAAGUCGUACCACUCCCUGGAGCAUUUGUUGACGUCCGCUGGAACGUUCUGGAUGUACGCAUGCUUCUGUGCUGUCGCCUUCGUGUUCGUACUGACCAUGGUACCCGAAACCAAGGGCAAGUCGCUGGCAGAAAUAGAGCGUGCCUUCCGUGGGAAAAAGAAGAAGGAGAACAUUAACUUACAAGACGUGCAGACUAAAUUUUGAAAUUGGGACGUGUUGAUUUACAUUGAGGACAGUUAUACUGGAAGCUGGAUUGGAUUAUAAGUUUUCCUGCAGCCACUGGAUCCAGAAUUCAGUGAUACUGUUACUUGCUAUUGUAUUGUGUAAAUUAGCACCAAUUAUGACAAAUUUUAAUGUUGUUCUAAGAACCUUUUGGCCUAUAGUAAUUAAACGUCAUCGUCAAAAUUAUAGGGCACUGAUGACUGAACUAACCACGAGGCGGUAGUAAAUAAGUUUUAGCGAAUCUUCAGUAUUUUUGUUUAUAAGUGUGUAAUGAAUGUUAAUUAAGACAUUUAAGUUGCAUUUAAGCUUAUUGUGAUAAAUGUAAUAUGUCCAUUACGAUUGUUUAGGUCUUUUGAAGAGUCAAACUCAAGUGAUUGUAUCUAAAUCGAAAAAAAUAUUGUAAGUAGUAAUUGUUUUUACAUUGAUGUAAUAAUUGUUUAAUAAUUUAGGAAAACAAUAUAAUUAUUUAAAGUGAUGUAGAAAACUUUCCAAGUGAUUUAAAACAAAAUUAGAACUUAUUUGUUAUGUUCGAAUAUUUAAGCUGUGAUAUUAUAAUGUUAAUUGUUUUUGUGAAAUUUAAAAAUAGGAUUGUAGGUUGUCUUGUCUGCCUAUCAAUUUGUUCGAUGCGAUCCCAACGUCAUCUGUGGUCACCUGUGGGCUGUGGUUAUUACUGUAAGAUUUACAUAGCUGAAUUGACCAUUUGCUUUGUAAAUAAUGUCCUGUAUACAUUCGCCCUUCGUAGACCCAAAAGGUACCAUGUGAUUAUCCUUAUUGUUACCAGUUAGUUGUAUAAAAAUUUCAAAUUAGUAUAUUUUCAAGUUAAUUAAGAAAACUGUAAAACGAAAGUAAUAAAAU